AUGUCAGUCGGCAGCACGGAACCCCAGGCAGCGGCUCCUGUCGAACCGUGGAGAGCCGAGCUCGAAGAGCAGAUCGCCGAGCUGGAGAGUUGGGGAGAUGAGCAAGAAACGGAAAUCGCCGCCAUCAUUCUCAAAAUGCUUCUCUCAUUUCCCGAAAAGCAGUACCUGGCCACUCUUGAAGCUUCACUCCGCAUAGGAGCUGAUUACUGGGCCAAGUUUCUCCCUUCGAGCUGGGAUCCUCUGAACAAGCCUUACAUGAGGGACGACAAAGGCUGGCCGAUGUACCUCGAUGGUGUUUACGGCACAGUUCUCCGUCAGUCAUGGCUGCUGCGUUAUGAUGACCCUCGACAAGACUGCUUAGUGAGGCUCUUGAUUGACCUGCAGAAUCUGCCCAAGGUGACAUAUCGGGCUUACGGUAAGGAGAACACUGCGUACCACAAUGAUCCAGUCUUCGUCUCAGCAUGUGAAGACAAUUGGAAUGCUAAAUUUGCAUCCGACCGAGCUGAACCGACCGAACCCGAGGCAAAGAAGGAUUUCAUACUCACUUGCGAUGAAUGGGUUAACUUCUCCUCGUUCUUGGCUCGAUACCAUGGCUCCAAAGCAUACCAGAGAUGGUAUAGCCAUCUGAAGUAUCCGAGCAUCGAUAUCGAGCUUGCGCUUGAAAAGCCCCUGCCUCCGGGCAAACUUGGGGAAUGUAGGCUGUUGGUGGCGUCCAAUUGGUUGAUUCACGCCGGAAAGAUCAUAUAUGAGGAUAUGAAGAAGGAAGAGACAGAGAGAUGGGGUCUACGUAGAUGGGGUCGCUGGACGGAGGCUAUUCGAGAUAUUCUGGAGGCUGGAGGACAGACGGACGAAGUGACCGCGAGACUGCGAGCGGCCUGGGACAUGAUCCUCUCGUUGGACCCAAACGCUAGUGAGCUUAAGGGUAGCAGUAUGGUACAGGAAAGCAAUGAGGCUAAGGAAGUGAAGGAAGGCAGUGGGAAGGAGGGCAGCAGCGAGGUGAAUGAAAGUAGUGAGGUGAAGAUUGGUAUUAAGGUGAAGGACAGUAUUGCGGUAGAGGAGGACAGCGAAAUGAAGGAGGAUGCCGAGAUAAAGGAGGAUACCGAGAAAAGGGAGGACAUCGAGAUGAAGGAGAAUACUGGGGUGAAGGAGGGCAGUGAGGCUAAACAGGUAGUUUAG